AUGGGUCAACUGCCAUCAACAAGGAUUUCACCAGCCAGGCCAUUUCUCCACACAGGAGUGGAUUAUGCAGGUCCAUUCCCCAUCCUGAAGUGGAGGCCAACAAAUGCACAACCAGGAACAGUGCAUAUAGCAGUAUUUGUGUGCUUCACCACGUCAGCAGUUCACCUAGAGCUCGUCAACAGGCAGACAACAGAGGCUUUCAUCGGCGCCUACAAAAGAUUCACAGGAAGACGUGGCAUUCCAGCAGUCAUGUAUAGUGACAAUGCCACCACCUUCACAGGAGCAGCAGAGGUCCUAGAGCAACUUUAUCACCAGGAGUCAAGAGAAAACCAACAAGUUCAUGCUGUCCUCGCAACCCAUGGAACUCAGUGGAAGUUCAUCCCGCCAAGAGCACCACACUUUGGUGGUAAAUGGGAGGCAGCCGUGAAAUCCGUGAAGUAUCACCUGAAGAGGAUACUAGGACCAUCUACACUCACAUACGAAGAGCUCAACAGCGUGAUCAUCCAGAUAGAAGCCUUGCUCACUCCAGGACACUUCCUGGUAGGAGAGCCCCUUCAACUAGUACCAGAACCAUCUCUUCUCCAGAAACCUAGCAGCAAGCUACAGAGAUGGAACCUCGUCACCCAGAUCACCCAACAAUUCUGGUCCAGAUGGUCUAAGGAGUGCUUGCAGAGAUACCAAGCAAUCUACAAAUGGAAGAAUCAACAGGACAACAUCAAGGUCGGCGACAUGGUCCUGAUCAUGGAUGAAUAUCCACCCGCAACGUGGCCAAUCGCCAGAGUCAUCGCAACACGACCAGGAGCAGAUGGACUCACCAGGGUCGUCACAGUGAGAACAGCAAGACCCCAAGUGUCAAGACACGUUGACGGAUCACCAGACCCUCAAAAUAUAAGGGUAACCUACGCAGAGUUUGACAGACCAAUUGCCAAACUCUGUCUACUACCAUCAGAUCCACCACCAGCAGAAGAACCUCCAGAGGAUCAACAAGGGGACCUCCAGGAAUCACAGGACUGA